AUGCCGGUGUCCCUGGCCGACGUGCAUGGCACCGUGAAGAAGCGCGUGUCUUACUUCUACGACUCCGAGAUUGGCAACUACCACUACGGCCCCAACCACCCAAUGAAGCCGCACCGCGUGCGCAUGACGCACAACCUUGUGACCAACUACGGCUUGACCAAGCACAUGCGCAUCUUCCGGCCACAACUCGUGGGCUGGGAAGACCUCACGCGCUUCCAUUCGGACGACUACAUUCACUUUUUACGCACGGUCACGCCCGACAACAUGCACAACUACCUGCGCCAGCUCCAGCGCUUCAACGUCGGCGAAGACUGCCCGGUCUUUGACGGCCUCUUUGAGUUUUGCCAGCUCUCGGCCAGCGGCUCGAUCGGCGGCGCCGCGCGCCUCAACGACAAGAGCGCCGACAUUGUCAUCAACUGGGGCGGCGGCUUGCACCACGCCAAGCGGUCGGAGGCCUCUGGCUUUUGCUACGUGAACGACUGUGUCCUUGGCAUCCUCGAACUGCUCAAGGAACAUGCGCGGGUGCUGUACAUUGAUAUCGACAUCCACCACGGCGAUGGCGUCGAAGAGGCCUUCUACACGACCAACCGCGUCAUGACCGUCUCGUUCCACAAGUACGGCGAGUACUUUCCGGGUACCGGCGACAUCAAGGACGUUGGGUACGGCGAGGGCAAGAACUACUCGGUCAACUUCCCGUGCCGCGACGGCAUGGACGACGAGAGCUUCACGUCCAUCUUCCGUGCGGUCAUCUCCAAGGUCAUGGAGCACUUUGCGCCUGGCGCUGUCGUGCUCCAAUGCGGCGCCGACUCGCUCUCGGGCGACCGCCUCGGCUGCUUCAACCUCAGCGUGAAGGGCCAUGGUGAUGCGGUCGCGUUUGUCAAGUCGUUCAACAUCCCCAUGCUCGUGCUGGGCGGCGGUGGCUACACGCUCCGGAACGUUCCGCGCUGCUGGUGCUACGAGACGUCGGUGGCCCUCGGCGUCGAGAUCCCAGAUGCGAUGCCGUACAACGACUACUUUGAGUACUUUGGGCCCGAGUACCGCGUGCACAUGCCCGUGAGCAACAUGGAAAACCUCAACACGCCCAGCUACCUCCACGACAUGAAGGAACGUUUGUUUGAGCAACUGCGCCAGAUCGAGCCCGUGCCGAGCGUGCCCUUCCACCACGCGCCGCCCAAGGCGCCUGUCGACGUGGCCCAAACCCAUGGGAACCCGGACGCGCGCCCGGAGGCCGAAGGGCCCGAGCACUCGGCCGAGUUUUACAACAAGCUGUAAAUCACCUCAUAACUCUACCACGUAGUAGUUGAAAUGGAGAAGACCGUCUUCUCGA